AUGGCCUCGCUGCCGGAUGACGUGCGGGAUGCUCUGCGUCCCCUCCUACCACCAUCGCACUCGAUCGUCCAUGCCGAGCACCUGACGGAUCUUUGGGCCGGGUACGGUGCCAUCUUCCGCCUCACCCUCUCCUCCGCGCCGCCCCCUUCCUCCUCCUCCUCGCCGCCGCCAUCACGCUACACGCUGAUACUCAAGUACAUCGACGCUCCCGCUCCCUCAUCCUCCUCUUCGCUUUCGUCGGAACGCAAACGCAUCUCGUACGUCGUAGAGACCAACUUUUACGCGCGCUUCCGCACACGCCUCCCGGCCGACGUGCACGCCCCCUCCCUGGUCGGCACGGCGCUGACGAGUCGAGGAGGUAGGGCGACGCUCCUGACCGACCUGCGCGACGGCUUUCCGGAGUUUGCGGAAAAGAGGGCCACGCUCUCCCCGUCCCAGGUCCACCUCGCCGUCGAGUGGCUCGCAAAGUACCACGCCACCUUUUCCGGUCUUGCGCAGCGGGUCGAUCUGGACGACUUCUUUCCUCCCCCCUCGGUGCCGUCCUCGUCGCCGUCCGGCACCGACGACGGCGAUAGGACAGGCCUGUGGAGACAGGGCGGGUACACCUACCUCUCUACGCGCCUGUCGGAACUGGCCGCCAUCGCCCCGACGUCAAAGUGGGGUCGGCUCGGUCUGCACAAGGACUCGCCCCUCCCCUACGCCAUCGACUGGUGUCUGCGCAGCCCUCGUCUGCGUUCAAGGCUGACGCUAUGCCACGGCGACGUCAAAGCUGCCAACAUGGCCUUCUCCUCUCCCUCUUCCUCGUCGUCUUCGGCGGGCCAGGCGGUGGCAUUUUACGAUUUCCAGUACCCAGGUCUCUCGCUGGGCGUACAGGAUCUGGCCAAGUUUUUCGCCACCUCGAUCCCCACUUCGCUCCUCUCCCCCUCCGCGUCUGCGGACGAGCUGCUGAAGAUGUACCACGACAUCUUGAUCGACGCGCUGCCACUCGACCAGCUCGGCAUCCGUGACGCGCACGAGGCAAGAACACAGUGGUACCCGCUCGCCGACCUCGAGGCCGACUUUGACCUCGCCCUCGUCGCUUGGACCUGCUUCCUCGCCGGAUGGAGCGCGGUGGAGGCAUGA